AACGGGAAUUUUGGUAAGCAAUGGUCAAUGGAAUCAUGUCUGCAUCACAUGGAAGAGUAGUGAUGCUGCUGUGCAAGUUUACAAAAACGGCGUACUAUUAGAGAGCAAGACUGCGUCUAUCCAAGGAAGGCCCAUUUUGCCAUUUGGUAUAUGGAUUAUUGGGCAGGACCAAGACAGCUUUGGUGGAGGGUUUCAAUCAACAAACGCAUUUCAUGGUUCCCUUACUGACGUCAAUGUGUGGGACAGAGACCUGGAUGCGAGCGAGAUUUCAUCCCUUGCAAACAAUGACUGUGGAUCGGGCACGAAGGGAAAUUACAGAGCGUACGAUGAUUUCGUUCCCUACGGAGGUGUUCGAAAGUACAAAUCGCAAUGUUGUAAGCAUUAGCUUUUUAUUUUUGCUUUGGCUGUUUAUAACAAGACUGAAUCUUGUGAACAUACGUGAUAAUUUCUGGCCUCUUUCAUGCAUGAAAGAGGCCAAAAAUAUCAAUUUAGUCCCUGAUUGUGUUGUUUCUCCUUUGCAUGGCUAAGUUAUCUCGCACAUUUUUAGUAAUUGCUGUGCGGAAUUUUCAAGGAAAUUCUUGUCUCGUUCCUAAGGACUAUCUUGAACCUUUUUCAAACGGCGGACUCAAAUCAUUACACAGGCUUCCUGAACAAUGCUGUUAUUGGCAAUCUAUCUGACCGUAUUUUAAUAGCUUCAAAUAUUCCGAACGUACUUUGUUCUUUUAGUCACAUGUAGUAAAAGUAUUAUUACAAAUCUAUUAUCUGGAGAAUUGUAUAUUUAAUAUAUUGCUAUUAGCCUAUUACAGUAUAAUGCUCCGUAUUAUUGUUAUAUACAUUUCCUCGUUGUAGAUACGCCCUGCGUCAAUUUGACUGUUGACAGUUUAUUUUAUCGCAGUCGACGCUGAUUGGUUCGCGUUUAGCAAAUGCGAAAAGGGGAUGAUUGAAUAGAACGCAUCGUUUCGUGCAGGCUCACCUUUCCCUCAGUGAGCUUGUUCGCAGGCUAGUUUUUGCCUUUUUAUGCCCUUUGCCAACACACUUUUUUCUAUGUAUUUUACUUCAUAAGAAACGAGCAAAAUAGUUGUGCUCUGCUUCGAAAAUCCAGCGGCAAAAUAUUAACUUUUAAUCAUUCAUAGUUUAAUUUAAUUAUUUACAAAACCUAACAGUUGAAAGGACAUGCCUAGCAAGAGGUGAUCCACACUACUCGACAUUUGAUGGAACACGUUAUGACUUUAUGGGUACAUGUGAAUACGUUCUGGCUAAAGACAGUUUAAAUAACGCAUUUGAAGUAAGACAAGUGAAUGAACCAUGUGGAAAUGGAGAACCUUCCUGCACAAAAUCUCUAACAGUGAUUUUCCCAAAUGUAACUAUCCAACUACUGCGGGGAAGUGUAAUGGUAAAUGACACAGAAAUUGUUUUGCCUGCAACGUAUGGAGGUAAGUUCUUUCAAACUUCAUACUAUAGAUAGCAGUAUAUGCUUCAGGAUUUGACGGUCAAGUUAGAAUUUCUAACUAAAUGCAUGCAUAGUACAAAUUUAGUGGAAUAUCGUUCUAUUUCUUAAAACAUUUAUUUUAGAAAGGAAGUUCGUCAUAUUUCCUUUUUAUAUUUAUAAUAAGUCAAUAUCAUUCUCCCUAGUAUUGGGGUAGCAAUAGUGGAGACCCUGUUGCAAACUGCUGCCUCAUACUUGAUCAGUAACUUAUUACAGACAAUUAUUUCCUAAUAAAUCGGAGAGUGCAUGGGUAAUAUUUAAUAGCAAUUUUCAAACUCGAUCCUUUAUUUUUUUGUAUAAAGGUGUGGCAAUAACUGAACCAAGCAACAGAGUAACGUUGAUUGAAAGUUAUUAUGGUGUAGAAGUUGAAUGGAAUAAUGUACGUAAUGUGAGAGUGACAGUACUUGGUCGCUAUCUGAACAGAACAUCAGGUUUAUGUGGAACAUUUAAUGGAAAUCCUGGAGAUGAUUUCUUAGCAGCAAAUGGAACAACUGUUGACAAUGCUGUAAUCUUUGGAAAUUCUUGGAAAACUGAUCCUGGUUGUGAUGAUGCAACAGAUGUACAACAUCCAUGUGUAACUCACUCUGACAGAAACGCGACUGCUAUAGCCAACUGUUCAGCUUUGUUAUCUUCUCCAUUCGAUAACUGUGCAAGCCUGAUUAAUCCAGUUUCAGAGGGUUAUAUUACCGAUUGUGAGUAUGAUGUAUGUGCUUGUGGUGGUGAUGCUACAGUUUGUCUAUGUCAAGCAAUAGAGGCUUAUGUCAGUGAUUGUAAUUCAACUGGAGUGGAUAUUGAUUGGCUGAGUGAUCCACGAUAUCAACAAUGUGGUAAGUGAUCAAUCUAGUUGAAUUUCAUCGCCAAGUUUAUUGCAAAUUUUGGAGGUAUGGAGACACAAAUUUUUUAAUCAUUAUGCCGAAAUUCUGAGUUUGACAUACGAAAUGCAUAUUUUGUAGGACGUGAAAUGUUGCACAUUAUUUCACGUCAUAUACUUGGUAAAUUCUUUAUCAUGAAUAUCAAAUUCUGUGUUAGAUGGUUCAAUGCAAUGAAAAUUGUGGGACCUUUUGCAUUAAUAAAAAUGAGUGGCUAUUUAAGACACCAAAGAAACUCAAUUUGUUCGGGUGACCUCCUGAUAUGCAUUGUGCAUAGAGUAGCCCAUUUUAUAAGAGGAAACUACUAAAGGAAUGUCUUCAUACUGGUAUAUGUGGCAAACACAUUUACUUAGCAAAGGAAACUUCAGAAAGAUUAUUGUGACUAUAUGACCUAGAAUGGAAUUGCUCAACAUUUAUUAACAGAAAUUUGAACUGUUUUAAUCUAAUUUAUCUAAUUUAGGUUCACCAUGUGCCAGUGAUCCAUGUUUCAAUGGUGGGACUUGUUCAAAUGAUGGACAGUCAUUCUGUUGCUCAUGUCCUGUUGGAUACAAUGGUGACCGCUGCGAAAUCAAAGGUAUAAACAUUAUUUUCAAGAACGUAUGGUACUGGACAUGUUGUUCAAAAACGCAUAUAUUUAACAAUUAGACACCGAUGGCGAGGUGAUCACAAGCCUAUAUUCAUCAGCGAAGUGAAUAUAGUCCUUAGAUCACCUAGUCUGGGGUGCCUAAUUGUUUUAGUAUAAAAUGCAGUAUUGAAACAUAACAAUAUAUACAAACGUUGUGUAUAAAAUUUACUUCACUUUUCCGAUUUUGAGUCAAACGAAUCCAGCUGUCGGAACUUUGUUGGCCGAUUCUGUUAUUUUCCGUUUUUAAAUUGCCAAAUAAAUUGUUUUCGGAAGUAAAAGGUGCUUUUGUUUUUCCGAAAUAGGCACCAUACCAUAUAUUGUUGCUUGUUUUGCUUUUAGAGGAAUAGUUUGUGCUUUAAUUUCUUCAUAUUUUUCCUCCAUGAUUUCGGCAGUCAUUUUGUUUUGAAAGCAAUAGUUACUAUCCCAAGCUGUCUGAGCAGUAACUAUUGCGUCAUCGAAGGGAGCCAUUCAGAACGUUUGAAAUCCAUAUUAGACGGCCGGCCAAGUCAUCAAUUUGUACAACUUGAUGGCAACUUUAUGUUAGAAGCUGGUAACAGGCAUUUUCUUAUAGUUUAAGCCUUGGUGAACAAGACUGUGUGUGUUACCACUUCUGAUUUUUGCUUUAUAGCCAAAAAUUUGAGAAUUUUUAAAUUUUGCCUAUUAAAUUACUAUGAUCGGAAAAAAUGUAAAAUUUCAUGUUCUCUUAUACGAAAAAUAAACUAUACCACUAGAAAGAGCGUAAAAAACUGUAUAUAAGACAAUUAAGUGAGUUCUACGUUUUUCCAAUCCUAUUUCGAGUUUUUAAUGUUAAAAAAUGCAGAAAUGACCAAAUUAAUGCUAAUUAGUACCCAUUUUGCCAACUUUAACCAUCUUUAAUUCAAAAUCGGCUUGAAAAUCGCACUAGUCGCUUAAGUUAUCUUAUAUAUAGUUUUUUACGCUCUUUCUAGUGGUAUAGUUUAUUUUUCGUAUAAGAGAACAUGAAAUUUUACAUUUUUUGCCAUCAUAGUAAUUUAAUAGGCAAAAUUUAAAAAUUCUCAAUUUUUUGCCUAUAAAGCAAAAAUCAGAAGUGGUAACACACACAGUCUUAUUCACCAAGGCUUGAACUAUAAGAAAAUGCCUGUUACCAGCUUCUAACAUAAAGUUGCCAUCAAACUCUCUUUAGAGGCACUUUUUGCCACCUUAGCCGGCCGACUAUAUUCAAUACUGAAUUUAUUAUAAUACUGUUUAUUAUAAAUGUAGGAGAUCAAAUGAGCUUUCGCGCGUUGUGAUUGGCUGGUUGACUGGUAAUUCUGACGCAAUAGUUUCAAGCAGACUAAUAAAUAAAGCUUUUAAUGCUAAUAAAUAAUACUAUUUCCUUUGAUUUGUCAUGUUUUCAUUGUACUGCAUGGUGUCCUGACGCUAUAUUGUGUUUUGGAAAUUGCAAAAUGCAAAUAUUAUUAAAACUUUAUUUCCAGACAUUCGAGCAAUAUUUAAUAUACAUCUCAGUCAAUUUUAGCAUUUUCCCAGCCAUUUCCUUAACAAAUUAAUGCUCAACAGAAACCAUUUGUCCAUCAUUGUGUUUUUAUUCUAAGCAGAUAUCGAGAAAAACAACUUUGUAAUAAAGCAAUAAAGUGACAUGGGAAGCCAUUUUGAAAGUGUGUGCGUACAACAAGCACUGCAACACUGAAACAGUAGGCGUGAACCAUAUACAUAGCAGGUUAUCUUGAUACGGGGAAAAGUACUGGCACUAGUUGUCAAAUAGAAAUCCAUUUUAUGAUUAAAACAACUGAAUAUCUCAUGCUGAUUUUGUUGUUGCCGUUACUAUUAUUGAUAUUGGUACUUGUACUGUGCGUUUAAGUUUAGUUACAUGCUUCUUUUCUGGUUGAUUUUUUUUUAUGCUCCUUUGUUUGUGCAAACCUGAACAUUGUAAUGUUGCAAACGCUUUGACUGAUUAAUUUGUGAUUGGCGGUUCUCACUACUAACUUUCGUUCAUACUAACUUUCAUAGGUACCCCUUGUGCCAGUUCUCCAUGUUUCAAUGGUGGGUCUUGGAGAAAUAUUAAUGAGUCUGCAUUUGAGUGCACUUGCCCAUUCGGCUUCGUAGGUGACAGAUGUGAACUUGAAGGUGAAAAAUCGUUAUUCUAUUAUUAUUAUUAUUAUUAUUAUUAUUAUUAUUACAUGUUUUUCACAGCUUUGUUCUUAUGCUGGCUAUGUUUUUCCUUGGAAGCCGGCUACAACCAGUAGCCUCAGGUCCCUUAGAUUUUAGCUUUCCAAGCUUCUUCUCAGUAUUCUUGCCGUCCCUAACAAUGCUGUUUUUUGUAGAAGUUCUAUUCUUAUAUGUAUUCGCAAUUAUUAUUAUUAAAAUUAUUAUUAAUAUUAUUAAUAAUAUUAUUAUAAUAUUAUUAUUAUUAAUAAUAUUAUUAUUAUUAUUAAUAUUAUUAUUAAUAUUAUUAUUAUUUAUUAUUAUUAUUAUUAUUAUUUUUCAAUUAUUAUAUUUUUCAAUUAUUAUUAUUAUUAUUAUUAUUAUUAUUAUUGAUUAUUAUUAUUAUUGAUUAUUAUUAUUAUUAUUAUUUCUUAAAAUUGUUCAUCACAAAAAGAUUUUCAUUAUGAUUCGUUCAAGCAUUAUUGCAUUCACGCUGAACAAGACCGCCCUAAUAUUACAUCGAGAGAAGUGCCUGUUAUGCAGUCACCAAAUGUUCCUGUACCAAGCCGCACUGUUGUUAAGUGUUGUUGUGGCAAGAUAUGCAAAAGUGCGCGUGGCCUUAAAAUGCAUCAGCGUAGUUGUCAAGUGAUACAUGGCCUUAACGACGAGCUAUCUGCUGAUCUUGAGGUGCAAAUAACGACGGAUAACACUGUAGAUACCUCUGAAAAUGACAAUUCUAUUAACGACAUUGAUGACGUUUUCCCAUAA